CAAACGUGCUGUAUCAGAGCACCAGCUGUUGCAUGACAAGGGCAAGUCAAUCCAAGAUUUACGAAGAAGAAUAUUCCUUCAAAAUUUAAUUGAAGGUGUCAACACUGCAGAAAUCCGUGCAACUUCGGAGGUUUCACCUAACCCUAAGCCUGCUACCAACACAAAGAACUACCCUGUCCGAUUUGGUAGUGAAGAUGAGGGCAGAUACCUAACUCAGGAGACAAACAAAUCACAGACCUACAAGGAGCAGCCCCUGAAGGUAUCGGGGAAGAAAAAGAAAGCAAAGCCUGGAAAGCGCAAGGAACAAGAGAAGAAAAAGAGGCGAGCCCGCUCGACUUGGCUAAUUUCUGCCAUGUAUGGAAGUGGCGUGACCGAGAGCCCACUCUUGGACAACUCUGUUACUACACAUAAUUACACUUUAAGGAGGCGCUGACAUUUUCAGCAAGACAUUUUUGGAAGACAUAUUGCAGUAUUCUGUAAUAGUGAACAUAUGGGAAGUAUUAAAAUAUUUAUUACCUGUAAAUAUUGUAAAUGCUCAGAAUAAAACCUUUUCCCCCCAUUGC